UAAUGUGGCUGUUAGUGUUGUUGUUCUCCACAAACACUAACCGAAGAAGCGACCGUUUACUCCAGAGCUGUAGACGGUGCCUGAAAAAAUGGCUAAGUUUGAGUAUUUAAAUACGUUUUUUACCGAACGUCUGUUAGCUCUUGCAGGAGAAUUGUUCCAAGUAGUUACAGACGUUAUUACCGAGUACCAGGAGGAAACAGACCGGACAAAACAGGAAAACAUUUACCUGAAGGAAAUGCUAACGGCUGAGCGAUUGGCUAACGGACGAGAUGGUUCAAGUUAUCAAGCAGUUACUGAGGAGUUACCGAACAUCUCCCAUGGACCUCUGGAUACAAAUUCGUCAGUAAUACAAGUAAAAGUGGAACUGUCUACAACAAAGCAGGACACCGUGUCACCGGAAUCAAUAAAUGAUCCCUCCACAGCGACAACACCACACUAUUUCUCAGGAAAGAUUACUGACGAGGAAAUAAAUAAUGACUGUCUCCAUAAUAACUCCAAGUUUACAAUAAAAUCUGAGCCAAGGGACUCCCAGAUCAUCAUAUCUGAUGACUCAAACCCUGCCAUGCAAAGUGAAAGUAUAAUUGACUGUAAUUUUAAAGGUUUAAGAGAUGAUCAAUGUUCUGAUCCCUCUUCACAUGACACACUGCAAAGUGAGACAGCUGAAAAAAAUGUUUGCCAGUAUUGUGGAAAACCUUUCCUAACCCGCGGACAGUUAAAAAGGCAUAUGGUCGUGCAUCAGAAAGACAGGCCGAGGCCGUAUCGCUGUGAUUUGUGCGGAAAGUGCUACUCAUACGCGCAAGUGCUGGAAACUCACCGUAGGACUCAUACAGGUGAAAGACCAUAUCGCUGUAAAUUUUGUGGAAGGCGCUUUAAUCAGAAAGGCCACUUAAUAGAGCAUGAAAGAAUUCACACGGGUGAAAAGCCUUUUAGCUGUCCUAUUUGUGGAAAACGAUUCAUUCAGUCAAGCCAAGUCAGGAAACAUGUCAGUUACCAUCAUCCUGCAGUGCAACGGUCAUAAAAGCAACGAAAGAGCACAUGAAGUAUUUUUAUUAGGCCUCAAAUAUGCUGUGUUAGAAACCUUGCGGUCUUGGCUUCUCACAAACCUUUGUUUCAUUACAAGUAUACCAGAUCAUUUACACCUUCUUUGAGUGACAGCUUAUUGAGUUAAUAAUGCAUCUACAUUGUGGAACAGCAAAUCAAGUCAUUACUUCUCUGUGACAUCUUUUACUAUUUUUUGUAAUUAUUCAACUGUAAAAUGAUCCCUCACAUCGCAUCUUUCAUGUAUUUAGUAGUUUCUUCUGCUAAAAAAUACAAGGAUUCUGUUCAAAAUACAAGAAAUUGGCAUUGUUAUUAACCUGUCUAAAUUGCUUUGAACAAGAUUACCUCUGUCAUUUCCAUCGUGCCUUUGCUCUCAAUAAAUUGAAGGCUUUUUUUUGCUGUGAA